CCGCUAGCCCGCUACAGUGCCCUCCAUGCAAAAUACAGCGCUCAAGACAACAGCAGCGAAUGCCAAUGCCAAUUAAUAACUAGCUACUGUCUCGUCCGUCCAGGAAAUAGGCCGGAGAAGGAGACGCCUCGGCCUCUCAUUGCUGGGUGCGCUCCAUGUUAGCGGCCGUAAUGGCUGAUAGCGGCGAUGCGGCCAUGGCCGUUGUUCUUGGCUGGUCGUCAUCUUGGAUCUGCGGGGAAGAGGACGGCGGGCGGCUCACCCUCACCGUCGCGUCCAAGUGCGUGCAGAGGACACUCAUAGACUGCGUCAAUGUGGUCCUGUUCAUCGCGUACGUCUGCACGCUGGCUGCCGCCUGCGUCAGGCGGCGGCAGCGCUCUGCAGAUGCGAGCAGCGGGAGGAGCGGCGCUCCUAGUAGGUGGGUGCUGCUCGUCGUCUCCACGUGCUGCGUGGCAGCUGCCGUGGCCUACUGUGUCACGGCUCUCCAAGACGCCUACGACAUCAAGACGGCGGUUCCUUACUUCGUCAGGGGCCUGGUCUGGAUCGCGCUGGCGGCCUCGCUGCACGCCCAGCCGACGAGGCCGGCGAGGGUCGUGGCCGUGCUCUGGUGGGUGCUCUUGUCGCUGCUGGCCACCGCGUACAAUUCGGAGAUCCUUGCCGGGGGGCACAGCCUGGACCUCGCGGAGAUGAUUGCGUGGCCGGUGAGCCUCCUCCUGCUGCUCUGCGCCCUCGGCUCCCUGCUGCCGCGGGGCGACGGGCACCACUACCGGGACGCCUCCAACGGCAGCAGCGGCUUGUCGGAGCCUCUGAUCGGCAAUGACAGAACCGUGCCAACCUCGGAGUUGUACCGCGCUGGCCUGUUCGGCCAGCUUGCCUUCUCGUGGUUGAACCCUCUGCUCCGUGUCGGCCGCUCCAAGGCGCUGGACCUCGGCGACAUCCCGCUCAUCGCCACCGACGACACCGCGCACCACACGUCGCAGCAGUUCACGGAGGCCUGGAGCCGCCACGUGAGCGACAAAGCCAGGAGCCGCCGGGGCGUGGGCAGCAACAGCCUCGCCCUCGUCUUGGGCAAGUGCUUCCUCAGCGAGAUCCUGCUCACCGGCUUCUACGCCUUCCUGAGAAUGCUGUCCAUAGCAGUUGCCCCCCUGCUGCUCUUCGGGUUCGUGUGGUACAGCAACCAGGAGGAACGAGACCUCCGGGUCGGCCUGUCCCUUGUCGGCUGCCUGCUGCUCGCCAAGCUCGUGGAGUCGCUGUCGCAGCGGCAUUGGUUCUUCAGCUCGAGGAGGACCGGGAUGCGUAUCCGGUCAGCGCUGAUGGCGGUCAUCUUCCAGAAGCAGCUCAGGCUGUCCAUUCAGGGGAGGAACAACCACUCCACUGGCGAGAUUGUCAACUACAUUGCGGUUGAUGCGUACCGGCUUGGCGACGCCAUCAGCUGGCUGCACAUGGGGUGGACCUCGCCACUUCAGCUCGUCUUUGCAGUUGCCACGCUCUUCUGGGCACUCAAGCUUGGGGCUCUUCCUGGUCUAGUCCCGCUAGUCAUCUUUGGUUUCCUCAACGUGCCAUUCGCGAAAAUGCUGCAGGGGUACCAGGCCAAGUUCAUGGUUGCACAGGACGAGAGGCUCCGGUCCACGUCGGAGAUACUCAACAGCAUGAAGAUCAUCAAGCUGCAGUCGUGGGAAGACAAGUUCCGCAGCACGAUCGAGUCGCUCAGGGACGGCGAGUUCAAAUGGCUGAGGCAGACCCAGAUGAAGAAGGCCUAUGGUGCAGUCAUGUACUGGAUGUCCCCGACGGUCGUCUCUGCUGUCAUGUACACAGCAACGGCCAUCAUGGGGAGUGCUCCCCUGAAUGCUAGCACGCUCUUCACGGUCUUGGCCACCCUGAGGGUAAUGUCUGAGCCAGUGAGGAUGCUUCCGGAGGUCCUCACAAUGAUGAUCCAGUACAAGGUGGCAUUAGAUCGAAUUGAGAAGUUCCUUCUCGAAGACGAGAUCAGAGAGGACGAUGUGAAAAGGGUACCUUCAGAUGACUCUGGUGUCAGAGUUCGAGUCCAAGCCGGAAAUUUCAGCUGGAAGGCAAGCGGAGCUGAUCUGUCACUGAGGAAUGUUAACCUUCGCGUGAACCGAGGAGAGAAGGUGGCCGUAUGCGGCCCAGUUGGCUCAGGGAAAUCUUCACUCCUGUAUGCAUUACUUGGGGAGAUACCAAGAUUAUCAGGAUCAGUUGAAGUUUUUGGUUCAGUAGCAUACGUUUCACAGAGCUCGUGGAUACAGAGUGGGACUGUUCGUGACAACAUACUCUUUGGGAAGCCUUUCAACAAGGAACUGUAUGAUAAGGCGAUCAAAUCUUGUGCUCUGGACAAGGAUAUCGAAAAUUUUGACCAUGGAGACCUCACAGAGAUCGGUCAGAGAGGACUGAACAUGAGUGGAGGCCAGAAGCAAAGGAUUCAGCUGGCUCGAGCCGUCUACAGUGAUGCAGAUGUUUAUCUACUGGAUGACCCAUUCAGUGCAGUUGAUGCGCAUACCGCUGCAGUCCUUUUCUAUGAAUGUGUGAUGACAGCACUUGCAGAGAAGACUGUCGUCCUUGUGACCCACCAGGUUGAAUUUCUGACUGAAACCGAUAGGAUUCUGGUAAUGGAAGGUGGUCAAGUUAGUCAACAAGGGAAAUAUUCAGAACUCCUGGGAUCUGGGACAGCAUUUGAGAAACUGGUGUCUGCUCACCAGUCUUCGAUCACAGCAUUGGAUACCAGUGCUAGCCAACAGAACCAAGUUCAAGGGCAACAAGAGUCUGAUGAAUACAUAGUGCCAAGUGCGCUUCAGGUUAUAAGGCAGGCCAGCGACAUCGACGUGACCGCAAAGGGCCCUUCAGCAGCAAUACAGCUUACAGAAGAGGAAGAGAAGGGCAUUGGCGACCUGGGAUGGAAGCCAUACAAAGAAUAUAUAAAUGUAUCCAAGGGGGCUUUCCAAUUCUCUGGCAUGUGUAUUGCUCAAGUGCUCUUCACGUGCUUCCAGAUCGCAUCCACAUAUUGGUUGGCAGUGGCUGUUCAGAUGGGUAACGUCAGUGCUGCACUUCUUGUUGGGGCAUAUUCUGGACUCUCUAUCUUCAGCUGCUUCUUUGCCUACUUUAGAAGCUGUUUUGCGGCUAUUCUGGGUCUCAAGGCCUCCAAAGCAUUCUUUGGCGGGCUAAUGGACUCCGUAUUCAAGGCUCCCAUGUCAUUUUUUGACUCAACACCAGUGGGAAGAAUUUUAACGAGGGCAUCUUCAGAUUUGAGCAUUCUAGACUUCGACAUACCUUACUCCAUGGCUUUUGUGGCGACGGGCGGCAUUGAGGUUGUUACCACAGUACUGGUCAUGGGUACUGUAACUUGGCAAGUCCUGGUUGUAGCGAUCCCAGUUGCUGUCACCAUGAUAUAUGUUCAGAGGCACUACGUUUCCUCAGCUAGGGAGCUAGUAAGACUCAACGGAACAACAAAGGCACCUGUAAUGAACUAUGCAUCAGAAUCAAUUCUCGGUGUGGUGACGAUCAGGGCAUUUGCAGCAACUGAGAGGUUUAUCUACAGCAACAUGCAGCUCAUCGACACUGAUGCCACACUGUUCUUCCAUACCAUUGCCGCACAAGAGUGGGUACUCAUAAGAGUAGAGGCACUGCAGUCCUUGACAAUAAUCACAGCAGCAUUGUUCCUUGUUCUGGUUCCUCCAGGAGCAAUUUCUCCGGGCUUUGCAGGACUUUGUCUCUCCUAUGCUUUGACUUUAACUUCAGCACAAAUAUUCUUGACAAGGUUCUAUUCGUACUUGGAAAACUACAUCAUCUCGGUUGAACGAAUCAAGCAGUAUAUGCACCUCCCAGUGGAGCCACCUGCCAUUAUACCAGAUAGUAGACCUCCAACUUCGUGGCCGCAGGAGGGAAGGAUAGACCUGCAAGAUUUGAAGAUAAGAUACCGUCCAAAUGCGCCGCUUGUCCUCAAAGGAAUCACUUGCACUUUUGCUGCUGGGAACAAGAUUGGGGUUGUAGGGAGGACAGGAAGUGGAAAAUCAACACUUAUCAGCUCAUUGUUCCGUCUCGUUGAUCCGGCGGGUGGGAGGAUACUUAUUGACAAGUUGGAUAUUUGCUCCAUUGGCCUUAAGGAUCUAAGAACUAAACUAAGUAUUAUCCCUCAAGAACCUACACUUUUCAGGGGAACCGUGCGCAACAAUUUGGAUCCCCUUGGCCAGCAUUCUGAUGAAGAGAUAUGGGAGGCCUUGGAGAAGUGUCAACUGAAGACAGCAAUCAGCACCACCUCUGCUCUUCUGGAUACAGUUGUGAGUGAUGAUGGCGAUAACUGGAGUGCUGGACAGCGUCAGCUCUUCUGUCUUGGCAGAGUUCUCCUACGCAGGAACAAAAUUCUAGUUCUAGACGAGGCAACAGCAUCCAUCGACUCUGCAACAGAUGCAAUCCUGCAGAAAGUAAUCAGGCAGCAGUUCUCAAGUUGCACGGUUAUAACCAUAGCUCACAGGGUACCAACUGUGACAGACAGUGACAAGGUCAUGGUCCUGUCCUACGGGAAGCUUCUAGAAUAUGAAACACCAGCCAAGCUGUUGGAAGACAAACAAUCAGCAUUUGCUAAACUUGUGGCUGAGUAUUGGGCUAAUACCAAGAGAAAUUCAACAUGA